UCAACCCACGAAGUCGAAGCAUUCUACAUCCAAUUGAAGAUGGCAGAUAAAACCGCAUCACCAGUUGCUGCAUCAACGGCAUCUCCAGCUCCUAAGGCUGAAGCUGUGAAGAAAGCAGCGAAGGCUAAAAAUCCAAAGCCUAAACCAACGCAUCCUAGUACGGCUGAUAUGGUCAAUACAGCUGUCAAAACUCUUGCUGAACGUAACGGAUCAUCUCUUCAGGCCAUCAAGAAGUACAUCGCUGCCAACUAUAAGAUUGACACCCAGAAACACGCACUCUUCAUCAAGAAGUACCUGAAGUCAGCAGUCACUGCUGGAACUUUGGUGCAAACUAAAGGAAAUGGUGCAUCUGGAUCGUUCAAGCUUGCUGCGAAGAAGACUGACGCUUCAAAGCCAAAGGCUAAACCCAAGGCUGCCAAGAAGGAGGGAUCGUCGACAAAGGUUGCUGUCAAGAAGCCUGUGAAGAAGACCGAAGCAGCAAAACCCAAGGCGAAGAAAGCAGCUUCUCCGAAGAAACCUGCUGUGAAGAAACCAGCUGCUAAACCCAAGGUGGUGAAGGCCGCAGCCAAGCCUAAAAGUCCGAAAGCUAAGAAAGCUACGAAAGUACCAACAGCUAAACCUAAGGCACCUAAACCGAAGAAGACUGUCUCGCCCAAGGCCAAAGCAACGACUAGGAAACCAGCGCAGAAGAAGUGAAUUGAAUGUACUAAUUCAAUUACACCGUGAUCAUAACCAAAAGGCCCUUUUCAGGGCCAAUAAUCAAUUUAAAACGUACAAAUCUCAAUUAUUUGCUAAAUUAAUUACUUAUUUUUAAAAUAGUCCAAAUUACUUUAUCUUAGUUCAUUUUCAUUUACAAUUAAAUAUUCU